UUUCUCUGUUGCAGAAGAUUCUUUCUUUCCCUGUUAAUGUUUUGAAACUCUCAACUUAACCAAGUUUUCAAGCCUCAUUUACUUUCCCAGUUUCUGUGUCAGUACCAUUGUCUUCUUGUCUUCUCAAAACCCUUUUUUUUUUUUUUUUUUUUUUAAGUCUUUGUCUUUCUUUCCUUGUUUGCUUGUGAGAUACCAAGGUUUUGGAGGUGGGUUCUUUUUUGUCUUCUUCACAGACUACCCCAUUCACGUUAAAUAUCCGGGAAUGGGUGAGUUGUAAGUAUGAAAAUAUAGUUUCAGGAUGUGGGGUUUUGAUAUUUGGGUAAAAUUGAGCUGUUUUGUUGAGUAAGCUUGAGAAAUUUUGUGAAGAAUUUGAAGCUGAAGUGGAUGGAUUGCUGAAAAUUUGUUUUGGUGAGAGAUGGGUUGUGCUGCAUCAAGCAUUGAUAAGGAAGAGAGAGUGCAAAUAUGCAGGCAGAGAAAGAGACUAAUGAAACAGUUGCUAGGGCUUAGAGGAGAAUUUGCUGAUUCUCAGUUGGCUUAUUUGAGGUCAUUAAAGAACACUGGAGUAACCCUUAGGCAAUUUACUGAAUCAGAGUCACUAGAGAUUGAAAAUCUUCCUUAUGGCAGUACAUUGCGGGCCUCACCACCUCCUUCAUUGCCUCCUUCCCCGCCCCCACCACCUCCGUAUAGUCCUGACUCGAGGAAUGUUGAUGAUAAUCUAAAAGAUGAAGUUAUGCACGAAGAGGGCAUAGAAAUCAAUGAAGAUGGUGGCAGUACCCCGCCACUUCCUGUUCCCCGUUCAUGGGAGUACUGGGAUCCUUUUCCUUAUUCUUCAACUCAUGAGCAGUCAAGUAAGUGUGAAACAGUGGAACAAUUUGAUGAGGAAACUUGGGCAGAAACUAAAACGGACUUUGAGGAAGAUGAUCAGGAAGAGGAAGUUAUUUCUAAUACAGUCACUGAGAAGCCACCGCCUGCAGAACUUGUUGCUGAUAACUUAACAAUGACGAGCUUGUAUACUAAAGACGCAGCUGAUAUGGCCAUGGUACCAUGGAGGAGGAAGACCUUGGAUGGUAUCAUCAAGGAGUUAGACGAUUAUUUCCUGAAAGCGUGGGCGGGUGGAAAGGAAAUAGCUGUUCUUAUGGACAUCAAGCACGGUGACACUUUUCUUCCACAGAAUUUCAAAGAAAACAAGAGGAAGAGGAGCAAUUCCCCUAAGGUCUUUAGUUCAUUGUCAUGGAGCUGGUCUUCCAAGUCACUUCAAUUUGCACAAGGUGCUUUUGGUAUGUGUGGCUCUAGUGAACCAUGCGGGCCUGGAGCUCAUUGCAUCACUCUUUCCAAACUAUAUGCUGCAGAGCAGAGACUUUACAAGGAUGUAAAGGAGGAAGAAAUCACUAAAUUAGAGCAUGAAAAGAAAUCCAUGUUAUUACAAAAACAAGAAGAUGAAAACUACAACUGGAUCAAGACUGAGAAAACUCGAGUGUGCGUUGAGAAUUUGGGGACUGAAAUAAGACGCCUGCAACAUUCAGUAAGUGAGACGCGUUCAUCAAUAUUGCAGAUCAUUGAAGAAGAGCUGUAUCCUCAGCUGGUUGCGCUAAUUUCAGGACUGAUGCAUAUGUGGAGAACGAUGUAUGAAUGUCAUCAAGCUCAGAAACGUAUCUCUCAGCGAUUAAGUCAUUUAAAUGAUAAUCAAAACAAGGACUUUACUACUGACUCCCAUCUACAAGCCACAGCUCAGCUUGAAACGGAGGUCACUGCCUGGUACAUCAGUUUCUGCAAACUUACGAAAUCUCAACGAGAGUAUGUGAGAACCCUGUGUAGGUGGAUCCAACUCACUGCUUGCCUUGUGGAUGAUCAGCGGAGUUGUAACUCUUCUGCAAUUCGUCGGCUCUGUGAAGAUUGGCAACUUGUUUUUGACAAAUUACCUGAUAAGGUGACCUCAGAAGCCAUUAAGAGCUUUUUAUCAGCCAUCCAAUUGAUUUUCCGACAGCAGCUGGAAGAACGCAGUCUGCACAAAAAGUCUGAUAGACUUGAGAAAAGGCUUCAGAAGGAGUUGAACUCUCUUGAGGAGAUGGAGAAAAAGCUAGAAGGGAGCUUACCUGAUGGAGUUGACCCCUCCAGUUUGAGCCCCAAGCAUCCUUUCUCCCUCAAGAGUGCCAAAAUUGAAGCUUUAAGGAAGCGAGUUCACACUGAAAAGACCAAAUAUCUGAACUCAGUCCAGGUUACCAAGGACAUGAUUACGAAUAACCUGAAAACAAGCCUACCCUUUGUAUUUGAGGCAUUGAUGGGAUUCUCAAAGGAUUCUGGUCGGGCAUUUGAGGCCAUUCACAGCCGCAUCAAUCAAGCAACUUGUUCGGAUGCAUCGGAAACCUCAACAAUCUAAACUUGUUUGAAUCACAAAUGAAGCAGGUACAAAAUUAUCCAAUCAAUUAAAAUUAUGUUGCUUAAAUUAUCGGUGGCAUUGGAGGAUGUUGAUCAAACUACAACAAAGUUUUGUUUAUAUUAGAAGAUAUUGGUCUGUUGAUAGUAUUAGAAGAAUGAUUUCGUGCUAAUAGGAAUAUCUUUUGUUAUGACCCUUCUCCCCUCCCACAAGCAUGUGAUUUUAUCAUUUUAGUUGAUACCAAAAGGUGAGAAUGUUAGCCCUCUUCCUCCCCCAUUUAACUAAACAAAUAGAGGAAAAUAUUGCUACAACCAAAAGCCUUAUAGCAUGGUCUAAAAAGCUACAUUACAAAAUUGAGAAUAAGGAUAUGAUUGUAAGAAGUUUUACUCUCAA